ACAGACAUAUGAAUAUUUAUCAGAAAAAAGUUUGUUUUGAGCGUAUAAACCAAACAUAUUCAUUUUAAUUUUGCAUUCUGCUUACAACGCGAAAAUCAGCAGCAUCAUGUAUUUAACGCUCUUCUUUCCCUUUGUUUUUAUUGGGUUAUCGCUUCAAACCUCAACGACAACGAUACCAAUCCAAGGGAGUUGUUAUUACAGCACCAAAUGGUACCAAGACGGCGAAAUCAUUUAUGAAACAAAAUGCGGAGGAAUGAAAUGCUCGGGUGGUCACGUUUUGGUAUGGGAUAACUUCGAUUGUAUGCGUGGGAAGAAAAAGAUGGGCUCAAACGGAUACGUCAUGAGAGAAUCAUUCACACAGCCACCAAUCUCCACUCAUCCGACGCACCCAACCUUUCCUUCUUCUGGUUGCUUCCAUAAGGGUAGAUACUAUGAUGAAGGAGAAACAAUAAUGAAAAAAUAUGAUCAAGAAAGCAACUGGUGUUAUGGAUUACAUUGCAAGGACGGAAAUGUGUUACCAUGGGAUACGCCUAACUGUAGAUUGUAAUAACUAAUUGAUAGAAAAAAUUACAUCACAA